UUCACCUUUAAUAUGAUUGAUCAGCGAAUGGAAAGGCAGAGGAGCAGGGCGCGCGCGCGGAGACAUCUUCACCUUUUCAAUUGUCUUCCAUUUCUCUCCUGAUUGAAUUUAAACUCAGACGAGCUUGAUGUGAGCAAGGCAGGGGGAAAACCAACCCAAAAAAAAAAAAAAUCACUUCUUUUUCCCUUUCUCACCCUCACAGUGCACUUCUCCACUACAUCACCUUUAAUUUUUUUGGUUGUUGUUUCUUUUUUUUUUUCUUUUUCAUUUUCUGGUACCUCCUUGGAUACUUUGGCUUACAGCACGGCUUCACCUGGGCACGUCUUUUCCUGAAGUCUCACCAAACGACACCAAGAGUUUCUUCUGGCAACUUUAACGCACGUCAGGGCAAAAAAAAAGAGAGAGAGAAAAGAAAAGAAACCGACAGGGAAAACGAAAGAAAAAGUUUUUCUUCUCUAUCGCGUAAAGAAGCGUUAAAGUUACACAAUGAGUCUCAAAUCAGAUUCUGAGCCGAGCAACAGUGUAUCAUUAGAGGAGGAGGUACGAACCCUAUUUGUCAGCGGUCUUCCGGUAGACAUCAAGCCGAGGGAGUUGUACCUGCUGUUCAGGCCGUUUAAGGGAUAUGAAGGAUCACUUAUUAAACUAACCUCAAAGCAGCCUGUUGGCUUUGUUACCUUCGACAGCAGGUCCGGAGCCGAAGCAGCGAAAAACGCAUUAAAUGGGAUUCGCUUCGACCCAGAAAACCCCCAGACACUGCGUCUGGAGUUUGCUAAGGCUAACACCAAGAUGGCGAAGAGUAAGCUGAUGGGAACGCCGAACCCUUCAAGCCUGCACCCAGCUCUUGGAGCUCACUUUAUCGCACGUGACCCAUAUGACCUGACUGGCGCGGCACUGAUCCCAGCAUCCCCAGAGGCAUGGACACCGUAUCCACUCUACACCACUGAGCUAGCCCCUGGCCUGCCCCACACUGCCUUCACCUACCCUGCAGCCGCCGCAGCCGCCGCCGCCUUGCACGCCCAGGUGAGCGAGCAACCGAUGCGCUGGUACCCAACACCCUCUGACACUUCACAGCCUGCAUGGAAAUCCCGCCAGUUCUGUUAGAUCUAUAAUAGUGCUGCUCAGUACAUGCAGGUUUGUCCCUCCGUCCAUCCAUCGCUCCAAGUAAGGGGUACUGAGCUCAAGAUUUAAUUUAGUCAGGUAUAUUUAACAAAAUAAAGUGUAUGAAUGACUUUACGAUUCUGGAGAAUACUCUUCUCUGAAGGACCCUCAUUAUUUUUAUAUAUAUAUAUAUAUAUAUAUAUAUAUAUAAAAAAAGAAGGUUCCUUAGGCCUCAUGGGCUAAUGGUACAGUCUCCACUUUUCAAAGCCACACAUGUGACGAGCCAAUCAUGUGCAAGUUGAACAUUUCUAGCUGCUCUCUCUUGGUUGUGUGUUUCAAGGGGGGAAUGGGGAUAAUCAUUAUGCAUGUUGAAGUACAGUAUAUGGCAUGAAAUGUAGAAUGCAAAGUUGUCUUUAUUCUCCUCCUUGUGUUGCCAUUUGGUCAAGCUUAAGCUUUCUUGCUCUUGUCAAGAUCUUGUAUUUGAUGUUACUUGCAAGAUAGAGGACUACAACUCGUUACUACCGAGUCUUCUUUUGUUUUUGUGUGCUGAAAAUGAAUUCCACAUGCACUGGUUUUUUUUUUCUUUUUCUUUUUCUUUUUCUUUCUUUCUUUUUUUUUUCUACUCUAUGAUUGUGACUGUAAAAUUGUCCGUGAUGGACGAAUCCUUCUGAGACGCUUCUCCUUGAGACCUCAAAUCCAUUGUCCCUGCUCUGGUGUCUGUGCUUGUUUAGAGUAUAUUUGAACAAAAAAAGUACAAGUAUUUUUGUACAUUUGUGUAAUAAUGGAUAUUUAUGCAUUUUUGUGAAAGUAAAUAAGUAUAUCUGUAUAAGAUGUUAAGUCUAGGCUUAUUUUGAUAUUUUGUCUUUAGCUUGUUUGAAGUAGAUAAGUGCAAUUUAUUUUUAUUUUGUGUGUUGAAUACUGACCUACCCAGACUGUGGCAGAACUAAGUUUAAUGAAUGAAAUGGUCUGCUAAAAUGAUAAUGUUUUUUUUUUUUUUUUUUCCAGAAUGUGAAACUGGAUAAUAAACAGCUUGAUCUGUGA